UGUUCAAAAAAAGCGCUAAAGUCAAAUAUCAAACAGUUUUCUUCUUGAUUAUUUAUUUUGUUAAUUUUUUAUAAGUUACCGUUAGAAAUGAGAAAAGAACUGAUAUUAGUUUUGUUAGGCAUAAUAUGCACUUCCUUUUUAUCAUCUUUUUUAUCGGGAUAUGUGCAGGUAGAGGGUGAUAAAAUACUUUUAGACACAGUGGUCGGUGUGGUGGGUGCGGGUAACUUUUCUUAUUGGCAAUUAGGACACACUGGACCUCUUUUAGUGGAAUUAACGUCAUUAUCAGGCGACGCGGACCUUUAUGUGUCGGAAAAUAUCAGGCCCAGCUACGAGGUGGACCGCAACAACUUCAGUUCAGCCACGUGUGGUCCCGACAUGGUCAAUAUACCCGCUGACUUCCCCAGGCCUUUGGGAAUCGGAGUCUUCGGCCACUGGUCGCACAUCUUCUCCGAGUACUCCAUCCAGGUCUUCCUGGACGCGUCUGCGAGCCCCGGGGACCACGCAGUGGCCUUCGAGAGGUCUUCACGAGGGGACAUAUCAGCUGAUUCGGACGGCAAGCGUGGGAGAGAUAAGGCGGUAACACGCAAAGAAGAAGAAAGUAAACCCAGGUUCCUGAAGCUGUUGAGCAUCCUUGACAUGAUUUUUGAGAUGUUUGUGUUAUAACAGACUAGUUUCAAACUAGUCAAAUCGGUUACUUUUUACUAAACGUCAAAACACUACUAUGGAACUUAAUUAAACCACAUAAUAACGGGUUCUUACCGCGUUUGAAAUAGGGAUAUGAGACUCCCGAUAUUUCGACACUGUUGCAAUUACCAUGAUCACGGGAUGACUGAUGAGAUUGGAGUGGAGUAGGUAGAUCCAUAAUUUUCUACGGGCAGACAUAUCUGUCUACACUCUUUCUUUGCCGCUUGUUUAUGUAUUUGAUAUCGGAAUGUUCGGAACUAUCUGAACUCGUACAAAACUCACUACGACAAACCGCACUCACGGUGUAGACAGAUAUGUCUGCCCAUAGAAAAUUAUAAAAAAUGCUACACCGACAAGAGCGUGGCUCUUAAAUUGAUGAUGAUGAUAGAAAAUUAUAGAUCUACCUACUCCACUCCAAUCUCAUCAGUCAUCCCGUGAUCAUGGCACUUGCAACAGUGUCGAAAUAUCGGGAGUCUCAUAUCCCUAUUUCAAAAGCGGUAAAAACCCGUUAUUAUGUGUUUUAAUUAUGACAACAACCGCGUAAACUUAAAACAAUGUACUAUGUAACUUGUAUGAAAAAGUAACCUCUGCGGGCUUAGCACCGUAAGCGCGACUCUUUCUCGCCUCGACAUACGUCACCCGUCACUCUCUCACAGUACUGCACAGAAAGAGACAGACGAUCUCUAUCGCGGCGAAAAAGAGUCGCGUGCUUACGGUGCUAGGCCCGCUGAUGUCGUAGAAAAACGUGACAAAACAUACCUAGCACUAAUUAAAUUUUUCUUUACUAAAAUCCAUAAAUAGGCUAAAUAGAAGUGUUUCGUCCUAACUAUAUCGCACAUAGAUUUCCUACUGCCGUAGAUUGAACAUCAGCGCUCAAAAAGUGGGACGCAAAGUUACUGUUAAUAUAGCGACGUUGACAGUACUUUACCUCAGUCGGGGAUUAGGCACCUUUUAUUAGGUGGAUAAUGUUACUAAUUUUACGAUUAUGAUUGCCAACGUUUGGCCAUAUCAUGAAGUAAUCAUGCAUUUAGUUGCUCAUAUCGUUAAACGUUUUGUGUUCAUUGGUCAAUGAUAUUCUAUUUCAUGAAAUGAUUGAUUACAUCGUGAAAUGAUCAAUUCUACAAUCUGGCCACGACAUAAUACCGCUGUGUACGAGUGUAUAGCUAAACAAGCGCCAAGUUUUCAGCGCAUUUUUGUAUCAAGCGAUGUAUCUACGGUAGUUGUAAAACAAUGAUAUCGCAAGUCCUAAAGUCGGCAGUCCUACUUAGCCAUAUUCCAAAUUAAUUAGGAACUUUAGGACCAAGGACCAUUAGGACGAGUCAUAGGGUGGUAUUAAUAAACUAAUCUCAGCUGAGACUGCCCUCAAGAUCAUGCUCAAGUCCCUGUUUUUAUAUGAGAACAGUCACAUUGAAAUGCUCUUGAGGGCCUCUCAAAGCUGAGAUUGGUUUAUUAAUACCACCCAUAAAGUAGGACGAUGAAUGAUUACGACUAUGGAAUAUUAGGACGAGGACAAUCAAAUGUUUAGAAUAAUGUGUUAGGACAAUAAACAUUUCACUCCCGCUCUAGCAAAUGACAAUUCUGAGUGUCAGAAAAGGAUAGAACAUAAGAAAGUGAGAUGUAGAUCAAGUGUCCAAUAAUGUAUGGGAUUUUUAUGUAUGAUUAGGUAAAAUUACAUUUAAUGUGGGACUUUCCAAAAAAACAAUAUAGGUGGCGCUGAACAACGUUUUGAAUCUUUUAUCUUUGUUUUUGGGUAUAAAUGAUGACCCUUGUUAUUACACCCAGGCACAACACAUCUUCCACCCAUUAUUAUUCUGAUCAAAAUAAAGAGAAGCAAUUUAGGUAACAACUAGUGAUGUUCCGAAUAUCCGUAUCCGUAUCCGCGGAUAUCCGAGAUAAAAGAAAAAUCCGUGUCCGUUACUUUUCACGCGGAUCUUUUACGGAUCUUUUUCAAAUGAUUAAGUAGAAUUAUUAAAUAAAAAACUAUAAAAUUCCACUCAGAUUGUUUUUAUUUCUUAAAAUCAAAUAUUUGGCACCUUUAUAUUGCUAACAUUUAGAUAGAUAGAUCUUUAUAAUGAAAGCAAGAUAAAAUAUCACUUUUAUAACAAUGAAAUAACUAAAACUUUAAUCAUUUUUUAAGAAAAUAAAGAUCCGUAUCCGCGGAUCUUUACACUAAAUAUCCGUAUUCAGAUCCGUAUCCGCGGAUAUACAUUUUUAACGAUCCGGCACAUCACUAGUAACAACAUCAAUUCUAUACAGAAUGUGAUCCAAAUAUCAAGCAAUAAUUAUUUUUUUUGUAUCCCUUUGACAUUACAUUGUAUUUUUUGAAUAAUUAUGUACAUAAUUAAAACACAUAAUAACGGGUUCUUACCGCGUUUAACAUAGGGAUAUGAGACAAAGAAAGAGGGUAGACAGAUAUGUCUGCCCGUAGAAAAUUAUGGAUCUACCUACUCCACUCCAAUCUCAUCAGACAUCCCGUGAUCAUGGCACUUGCAACAGUGUCGAAAUAUCGGGAGUCUCAUAUCCCUAUUUUAAACGCGGUAAGAACCCGUUUAUUAUGUGCUUUAAUUAUGAUAAUAACCGCGUAAACUUAAAACAAUGUAUAAUUAUGUAUCUCUAGGUCCAUUUCUAUUCCUAGAUUACAUAAACGACCUACCUAGUCUUGUAAAAUAUGAGGUGGUGCUGUUUGCAGAUGAUACCUCCUUAACGUAAGUUUAUUAUUUCUAUUUUAUGUUUUUUUUUUAUUUUAGGAUAUUUUGGCGCUUAUGUAAUUUUGCGUUUCCAGUGACGAUAUGGCCCUGCGCAGACGACAGACUAUCCGUGACGCACUUUUUAGUCUUUUUGCGCACACGACGCGCAAAAAGUCCGGCGCGUUACUGCAUAUAAUUGCAUAGGUUAUAUUUUCACAGACUAAAAAGUGCGUCACGGAUAGUCUGUCGUCUGCACAGGGCCUAUAAUUGUAGAAUUUCCAAUACCGAUAGUAUCGAUUGAAUUGUUAGGCAUAUCGAUAUUUAGAUUAUUUGGGGUAAAUAAUCGGUUAUUCGGGAACAUUAUAUUUAUUAUAAUAUUUAAGAUCUGAUUAUGUAUGUAUGGUCUAAAAUGUGAUUAAGUAAUUUGUUUCUUUUCUAGUCAUUAAAUUAUUAUAAUUUACA